AUGGCCUACAGCGUGGAGGAGAAAGGAAGACCCUACACCACCGACUACCAAGUCUUUUUCCAAAAUGCAGAGGGGAAGUACAUCUCUCCGUUCCACGACAUCCCCCUGUACGCAGACGAGGCUCAGAAUAUUUUUCACGCCGUCAUCGAGGUUCCACGAUGGACAAACGCAAAGAUGGAGAUUGCGACUAAAGAGCCUCUGAAUCCGGUGAAACAGGACGUGAAGAACGACAAAGUCCGAUACGUGGCCAACGUUUUUCCACAUAAAGGAUACAUCUGGAACUACGGAGCCAUCCCACAGACCUGGGAGGACCCAAACCACAAAGAUGCAGACACCGGUUACUACGGCGACAACGACCCCAUCGACAUCUGUGACAUCGGAGAGAAGGUGUGUUCCAGAGGAGAGGUGAUCCGGGUGAAGGUUCUGGGGACUCUGGCUCUGAUCGACGAAGGACAAACCGACUGGAAGGUCAUAGUCAUCAAUACAGAGGACCCCCAGGCAAACGAGUUUAACGAUAUAGAGGAUGUGCGCAGGUUGAAGCCGGGGUAUCUGGAGGCCACACACGAUUGGUUCAAACGAUACAAAGUCCCAGACGGAAAACCAGAAAAUGAGUUUGCUUUUAACGGAGAAUUCAAGAACAAGGACUUUGCCACUAAAAUUGUGAGGGGCACUCAUCAGUACUGGAGAGCUCUGAUCCUAAAUCAAGCUGAGGCUGGAGAACUCAACUGUAUCAACACAACUGUUGCUGACAGUCCAUUCCGCAUUUCAGCAGCAGCAGCAGAGGACAUAGUCAAAGCGGCCAGUCCUUUGGGACCUGCAGCACCCAUUCCCAGUUCAGGUAAAACAUAA